AAGAGCAUGGCCAUCAACACGGACGCAGACUUCCUCAAGUCCAACCUGGGAGAAGGCGGAGGAGGGGGCGCUCAGCUGGCUGACUUCCAGGAGACCGAGAAGCUGCUGGCAGUGACCACCGAGCCUGCAGGAGGACAUGGGCUCAAGAUGUCCUCCUCCUUCUCAGUCAACAUGGACCACCAAGCCAAGGGUCUAGAGGCCGACCACAACGGCCACGGUAUGAACGUGAGAUCGGGCUCCGCCGGGCAGCUGGUGGCCGCCGCGCCCCUCUCCCCGUCCAAAGUCAGCCUGAGCCGCUCCUCUACCGGCAACGCUACCGUGCAGGAGAGCCCCAUGCCCCGGGACUACCUCAUCCUGGUCAUCAUCUCCUGCUUCUUCCCCGUGUGGCCCGUCAGCAUCGUGGCUCUAGUCUACUCCAUCAUGUCUAGAAACAGCCUCCAGGCGGGGGACGUGGACGGGGCCAGGAGGCUUGGUCGACUGGCUCGUCUGCUCAGUAUCGUUUCCAUCGUGCUGGGUGUGGUCGCCAUCAUCGUCUACGUCUCACUUUCAGUUUUCCAGACCUGAAGGAAAAACAAAAACAGCCCCGUGAAGGCCAAAACACGAAUGCAACAAGAACAAAAGCCCCUUACAAAAACAUAAAAGAUGAUACUUCCUUUAUUUCUAUCAUAUUGUAAUUAUGACAUCAUGACCUUUUGGAAGCAAUAGGCAACUCAUGAGAUUGAUACUGCAUGCAUUAUAAUACACUAACAUUUGCUUGACCCCCCAAAAUUUGAAAAUAAUAAUAAUAAAAAACAACCCUGAUGCACCACUGUUAAGGCCUGAAAAGCCUUAGAAAAACGCCAGAAAAGAGAAGAUGCUUCAGAUAAGUAGGGGCACAACAAGAUUUGAUGUUGGAAUAAACUCCUAAACGAAGCUGAUGAUGAAUGAGUGAGCACGGAAGACUUUUUCUACAUCUGCGGGGAUGCGCUAACACUUUUUCCUGUUGGACAGCAGCAUAUAAUCCUAUAUUCCUACUGCAUUCAAAGUCAUCUGAAACAUGGACGCAUUAGAGAUGUACAUUUUAUACUGUGCUAUGUCCAGCUGUGUUUGUUAAGAUGACUGCGUUGUCUGCAAAGGGGACAGUGGACUAUAAACCUGAAUGUGGACAUUGAAAAUUGAUUGAAAGAAUGAAAAGUAAUGUGUGUACAUGAAGAGUCCAGCUCUUGCUGAAUGCCUGAUUUGGAAUCAUCUUUAAAUUAUUCUUGCUUUGUGUUUGCAAAGACACAUGCACCAUUUACUACUUUUCACUUACAUCCUUUUCCAGCAUACAUUAGCUGCACCUUACCCCAAUUUAUUGCUCCACUUCUUCACCUUGUGCCCUUAAUAUCCGUUUAUGACCUUUAUACUUGUCUUAUAUCCUCACUGCUACAUGUGAUAAUGUUACCAUGGAUGUACAACCGUUUCACUGAAUGUUUUUCUUAUGUAGGUAUGAAAUGUAUUCAUAAGGGGAAAAUAUAUACGCAAUAUGUAUGCAUGAUGUAUGUAUUUUUAAAUGAGUGUGUUCAUAAGGUUUACUUCGAUUUCAAAAUCCAAAUUAACAUCAGAUGGUGGUCAUCGAUGUCAUGUCCACGUGGGAUACAUACACACAAUGUUAACAUACAGCAAAUAAAAGCACAGGGUCAGUCUUUGGUACACUCAUAUGCUUUCUCUGCAGGAAUAAUAAUCUCAGAUCCUUGCAAACUAUAUUCAUGAAACUAUGCAACCAAUUCCAGAAACGCAAGUCUUGAAAUAUUGACUUUGUAGCUUUGUUAACACCUUAUUAGACAAGACUCCAUUGCAAUGUAUUCUUAAUCAAAAUAUCCAUAAACAGCCUUAAUCCAAAGAUCCACUUUGUUCAGUACAAAACUCAUGUUACGUGAAUCCUAAGUGGCGUUUAAGCAUUUUUAAGAUCACACUGCUGGUGUUGCAUUCGCACCAGACUAUCAUCAGUAAAAUAUUUUAAUUUCUUUUUUUACAUAUAUUACCGUUUCUCUCCUGGUGUACUGAUUGUGUCAGAUUUCAUCUUUGUGGUGUACAUUUUGCAUGUUUGGAAUAAAUGUUACCAUGCAUGGCUAAUGUUCUGUGGCUUGGAAACUGUUGUGGUGCUUGUUUACCAGUGGUGUGCAGUCAGGGCCAGCAAGGGCUUCCCUGCUGGCCUAAACACUAUCAGAAGCAGUGACCUACAGUAUGUUUACAACUUAAAUUCUAGUAUUUGUUCAAGGAAAUUGUAUCAAUUUAGUCCCAACAGUCUAUUUUCUUCUUUUUGCAGUGAGUCACUGGGCUGCACUGCUUCCAAUAUGUGUACGUUCGAUUUUUUUUUUUGUCCAAUCAGAUUUCAGCUUCUAUGUGUUGUGUGAAUGUAAUCUGCCUAGGGCCUUCAAAAUCAGUAGUGCUGGCCUAUGUCACUUAAACAGUAUUAGCAAUGGAGCUGUUUCUUUAACCAAUCAGAUUUCAGCUUAAUUGAUCUUGACUUACACAAAGGAAGAAGACAUUGUUCUGUGUGAGUUAUGUGAACAAAUAAUUGAGUUUAUACAAUAUAUAUAUAUAUUUUAUACAUAUGUCAGCCUGGGAAAGGGUUUGUUCCACACCUCCACUGUCGUUUACUGUGCAUGCUAAAUGUGAAAAUCACAUCACAGAGACACAAAUGAACCAUGAAUGAACCAAAGAAGACAAUGGGAAUGGUUAAGGUAACAUUGUGAAGUUAACACUAAAAACACUAAUGAGUCAGUGAUUUAAGGGAGACUAAAACACAUUAGAAAGUGUGAGCUGACAAAUUGUGCUCAAUGUAAAAAAAAAAAAAAAAAAAGUACCCGUAUUAUUUUUUUUUUUUACCCUGGUUGCAUGCAUCACAUAUGCUUAAUGAAAAACGCCUGGCAUAACAAGGUUGAUUAUUGUUAUUACUAGCCGACAGGUGACACAGAGCAUGUACUUCUAACCUCAACCGCCUUGGGUUGCAUCAGGUUAAUAUUCAAUAAGAUGCAAUGCAAGAUGGUAACUAGCGAUGACACCUGCACUGCAUUUUAGCCCACAUAUAAUAAUGCUCAGUAUAUGGUGGAAACUUCAUUGGCAACCACUCGCCAUUUGACAACACAGACAUGCAGUGUACAUGAAGCACGUCUUUAGGUAUAGAUUGUUCUUUUUUUAGUUAUUGUUAACGUAUUGCCAUAUUAUACCAAGUAGCCAUGACAGAGAUGCGUGUACUGCCGUCCUUUGUCACAAUUAGUUAAAUUUUUGGUCACCAUCACAUUUUUAGCUCUAUGAUUGACUAGUCUCAGUCCAGGGUGUAUCGUGCCUCUCACCCAAAGUCAGUGGGGAUAAGCUCCAGCUCACCUUACACAGUGAACAGGAUAAAUGGUAUAGAAAUUUGUAAAAUGGAUAGAUAACUUCAAAUUUAGAGUGCACUACAUAUUAAAAUACAUCAGCUAAUUGAUAUGCGGAUUCAAUUGUUCAGUUGACCAGUCACCAAAUAUAUAUACAGUAUUUCAUGUGGUCCUGAUUGAUUUGUCUCAUCUCAUCUACGAUGUGGCUUGAGGAGCCCAGAACAGAAUUUAUUAAGUCUCUUUUGAAGCGACUGACCUGGCCAUGUAACCUUUGACCUGGAUGAUCUUCAUUGACUCAGUGAACAGCUCCAAAAGAACAGCAGGUAUGUGACACUGUCGUGAAGUUAUCUGGUAAAGAGUGGAGACAACUGCUUAUUCAAAUGGCACACAGAUGAAGGAGAUGAUUUGUAAAAAAGGAGAAGAAAAUAUAAACAAAGAUUGUAAGGCACCUAAAUGGACUUCCUCUGACUGAUGGUACUGUGCAUCAUUCGAUUUGGCGUGGAAGAUGUUUCCAAUGCGUUCUGUCUUCAUGAAUAAACAAAUACUUGCCAUAAUGAAUUAUGAUUGACGAAAAUUGUAACAUCAUACAUUUUAGGUGUUGAGUUUCACAGGAUGUUCAAAAUAAGUGGAUAUGAAUAAUUUAUUGACUCACAUUUAAAAGCCCGGAAUGAGCUUUUCAUCUUGCACCAUCAAUUAAAAAGGACCAUUCAAAUAAAAAUAUUCCCAAUGUGGAAGAAAAAAAACAAAAUAAAAAAAAAAAACACAAUCAAAUGUUUCU